GCACAUUCCAGGAAGCAUUGCACCGCGGUAUUUCGUAGGGUACAGCCAGUGAAUCCUUUGCGAAACACCUAGGAAGAUGAAGUUUAUGCCUUUGUAAACAGAUAACUGCUGACAUUCAUUGACUACCUACUUUUAACAAGAUAUACAUUUCCUCCUUACCAUAAACAUUAUUUCCUAUUGUAUAGCUAAGAUAUAUUGCGUGCACGCUUCCCUUUGUAGAUAUUUCUCACUGCUUUACGUGAGAAAUAACAACUUAACAUCAACAGCUUCUGUCAAGAAAUCUCGCAGAUAAAGACUGCUUCUAGUAAUUUACGACUGCGAACACUUUCGCUGCGGUUGACUGUUGACCAUGGCAGCACAGUUCAGUGGCGUAUCUCAAGAAAAACUACGACAGUGGAAACAAAAAGCCGGUGGCUAUAUAGACGAAGCCAAGGAUAAGCUCAAUGCUCUUAGUAAAGACAUAUGGAACUGUUCAGAGCUUGCUUAUGAGGAAAAACUGUCACACGACAGACUUGUACGCUUCUUCACCGACGAACAGGGAUGGACAGUAGAGAGUCACUACAAACUGGAAACAGCAUUUCGGGCGACUUGGGGACCCGUUGGUGGCAAAGAGGGCGAUGUCAUUGUUAAUGUUGGUAUGCUUUGUGAAUACGAUGCAUUGCCCGGCAUUGGACAUGCAUGCGGACAUAACCUUAUCGCAGAAGUGGGUGCUGCAGCAGCCCUCGGCCUGAAGGGUUUGCUGGAAAGUAUAUCGGAUUGUCCUGUGCGCAUCAAGGUGACGGUGCUGGGAACCCCCGCAGAGGAGGUCGGCGGGGGCAAGAUCGACUUGAUUCAGGCUAGGGCCUUCGAGGGAAUGGACGUGGUGUUCAUGGCCCACCCUUCCCAGGAGGAUGCCCCUUACCUCCCUGAUGUGGCUGAGCACGACGUGACGGUGAAGUACCACGGGAAGGCCUCGCACGCCGCCGCCUACCCCUGGGAGGGGGUCAACGCGCUGGACGCAGCUGUCCUGGCUUACAACAACCUCUCUGUGCUCAGGCAGCAGCUGAAGCCCGACUGGAGGCUCCACGGUAUCAUUAAGCAUGGUGGGGUAAAGCCCAACAUCAUCCCAGCCUACUCUGAGCUGGAGUUCUACCUUCGCGCCCCCAAGCGUUACGACCUGCCAGUCAUCAGAACCAAGGCAGAGAUGUGCUUCAGAUCUGCCGCCAUGGCAACUGGUUGCCAGGUGGAGAUGCAGUAUGCCAAGCACGAGUACCAUAAUAUCCUCCGUAACACCACCCUGGACGGGCUGUACCAGAAGAACGGAGAGGCCCUGGGUAUUGACUUCACCACAGACCAGGAGGUGUUGACGAUGUCCUCUGGCUCCACCGAUUUUGGAAAUGUGACUUAUGUCGUUCCUGGGAUCCACCCCUACUUCUACAUUGGCUCUGAGGCCCUGAAUCACACCGAGGAGUAUACUGUUGCAGCUGGAGCUGAGAAUGCCCAGUUCUACACCCUGCGGACGGCCAAGGCCCUGGCCAUGACCGCCCUGGACGUGCUGUUCUGCCCCGGAAUGCUGCAGCGGGUUCGGGAGGAGUUCAGCGAGGCUGUGCUGAAGGAGGAGAGGGAGAGGAAGAGGAGGGAGAGCGGAGAAGGCCCACAGCCGAAGCACUGCGGGGGGGCGGCCGGGCUGCGCUGAAGCGGCAGUGGCAGCGGCAGCGGCACCGUCCGCCACGGCACUCCACAUGCACACCCCCCGCCCCUCGGCUCGUUCCAUUCUCAGUAAGACCACUCUGUCCUCACAACCAGAUUCGCUCGCAAGCACGUGCAGGUCCUACUCCUUUUCAGUGCCAACUUCUGCAAAAUCGGCAAAAUGUGACAAAAAAAAAAAUCAACACUACGCUUUGAAUUUUGUGUGAAAAUUAAGUAGGGAUG